AUGACGAUUUCGUGCAAACCAAAGUCGGCCCGGAAGUGGCGUCAAAGCCCUCAGAAGGCCGGGCCCCGGCAGGCGGACUACAACUCCCAGAAUGCUUCGCUUCAGCCGUCACGGAGCAUGUUCUGUGCGGAUUUGUGUGUUCCGGAGGCCACCCGUAGCCUGUUGAAAAUGGUUUCUCCCGUUCCCUCGGCAACGCGGCCCAACAAGCGCCAGUGGCGGCUGGCAGAACUGUGCUGCGCGCGCCUCUCUGCAGCUGUGCUGUGGGCGCGAGCGAGCGAGGGCGCGCGGUCCCCGAGCUCUCCGAGCUCUGCAGUGGACUGGACCUCGACUGGAGCUGUGGAAGUCCGAUCCUGUAUUGAAGUCGAGAUUAUAACGCUCUUUAUUUCUGAAGGCCCCUUUAAUGAGGCUGCAAGCAAAAACAGACAGAUGCUACCCGGGGGAUCAAAGGAAAUGUCCCAUCUCCAGGCUGGGUACUUCGAGCCCCAGUUCGCAAGGGUCUUUGAAGGGGAAGGCUAUGUGAGCCUGAACCAAGUGAGGAGGCGGCAUAUGAUGGCAGAAGCCAAGAAAAACCUCAGCAAAGCCUUCAUCCCUAGUAGUGGAGAGAAAAAACCAAGUGGAUUAGGAAGCUAUUAUGGAACAAUUGGUGGCCCGAUCCCAUUCUUCAGUGCACAGAUAAAACCCAGGGACAAGUAUCAGCCACCUGGGAAGAAUUUAUACACCAACCCAGGAAAAAAAGGAACUGGAUAUGGCUAUGCCAAUGUUACCAUAGGCAAGCAGCUUUCGCACUCGGCCGACUUAUAUGAUGCUGCAAAACUGAAUUACAAGAAAGAUAAUGAAGAACACCAUCGGCUACUCAAAGGGACCCCUUUCAAGUUGAAUCUUCACCCUAAGGAAUAUUUUGAUAGUAACCCCUAUUUUCUGGAGAAUCCUUUACCUCCACUCAGAAGGGAAGAAAAGAAGGAGACCAUCUUGAAGCCUUUUAAGCCCUCCUCUCCUGGUAAAAAGCCUGGUGGCAUGAAGGCAGGGACAUUUGAACCUUACCCAGCACACUCAGCUGACCCUUAUGUGGUUAAAUUAGGAAAGGUGAUUCCUGGGAAAGGGGAGAAGGUUUUCCAUCCCCCAAAUGGACCGAAAAGCAGACCCAUGGAAAGUAUAAUGGCGCUGAAUGUCAGAAGGGCACUAAACGUGAAGAACUACAAGACUGCCUCGGCAGACAUUCUGGGAAAGCAGCUGGUUUUCUAGCUCCGCUCAGUAACUCGCCGGAGUGAACACACAGUGUUGUGGAAUACAUGGUUCCGUAGCUUUUAAAGAGAAUUCAAACGCGAGACUCAGCUGUCAACCCCUUUCUGAUUUUAAUAAAUACUGUUAGCUAAUA